UGAAUAUUGUAGUGACAUCUAAGCGCAACAUUACAAAUUGAUUCGUUACGUGCUGGGUAUGGCACUUCGAUUCUCUUCACGCAGACUAGCUCCAUUGGCUUCCUCAAUACAUCAUAGGAAAAUUGGUUCGGCCACUAAAUAUGUUCCUUUAUUUGAAACGGUUCAUAUGCCGGAGACGAAGGUGACUACUUUGGAAAGUAAUGGUUUUCGGAUAGCUUCUGAAAACUGGAAUACUCCUACAUGCACGGUUGGUGUUUGGGUGGAUGUCGGUAGUCGAUAUGAGACAGAACAUAAUAAUGGUGUUGCUCAUUUCCUUGAGCACAUGGCUUUCAAGGGGACUGAAAAGAGAAGUCAGCAGUCUUUAGAACUUGAAGUGGAAAACAAAGGUGCUCAUCUAAAUGCGUACACGUCUCGUGAGAUGACGGUGUAUUAUGCGAAGUGUUUUGUUGAGGAUCUUCCUUGGGCGGUUGAAUUGCUAUCGGAUAUAUUAAAAAACAGCAAGUUUGAGAGUAGUCAGGUUGAACGUGAAAGAGGGGUCAUUUUACGGGAAAUGGAGGAAAUUGAGAGCAAUUACCAGGAAGUCGUCUUUGAUUACCUGCAUGCAACUGCCUAUCAAGGGACUCCUCUUGGAAGGACAAUUCUUGGACCUGUAGAAAAUGUCAAAUCUUUGAAAGCCAGUGAUAUGAAGAAUUUUAUCAAACACAACUAUAAAGCACCACGAAUGGUGCUCAGUGCUGCAGGAGGAAUCGACCAUAAGCAUCUAUGCGACCUCGCGGAGAAACAUUUUGGCGAUUUCAAGGCAUCCUAUCAGGAAGGUGAAGGGGUACCGAGCCUACAACGCUGUCGUUUUACAGGCUCUGAAAUUCGUGACAGAGAUGAUGCUAUGCCAGUAGCUCAUGCUGCGAUAGCGUUCGAAGGUCCUGGUUGGCAAAGUCCAGACACAUUAGCACUAAUGGUUGCCAGCAGUUUGCAUGGUGCUUGGGAUAGAAGUUAUGGAGGAGGAUUUAAUGUUGCCAGUAAACUGGCCUCCAAGUUUUUUAUGGAAAAUUCGGUACACAGUUUCCAACAUUUCUUUACUUGCUACCAUGAUACUUCUUUGUGGGGAGUUUACUUAACAGCAGAAAAAAUGGGUUUGGGUGAAUCUGUUGGAGAAUUCCUUAAAGAAUUUGUCCGUAUGUGUACUCACGUUACUCAGCAUGAAAUCGAUAGAGCAAAGAACCAAUUGAAAACACAUCUCCUUUUGCAGUUAGAUGGUACCACGCCUAUAUGUGAAGAGAUUGGUCGGCACAUGUUGGUGUAUGGUCGUCGUAUACCUAUAACUGAAUUGCUAGCCAGAAUUGACGUAAGUUAGACUUAAAAUAGUUGGAAUUUCCUUACGAGCAUCGUAUCAAAAUCGCUUGCUUCCUGGGUUAUCAGCCUAACUUUUAUCUGGCUUAUUUAUGUUAAUAACUAAAAGUUUGUUGACUUAUUUCUUUCUGUUAAAACUUCAUUCUAUUCAUGAUCCUACCGAUUGUUCAUCUGACAACAAUGUAAUGACUUUUUUCAAACCAUUUUCAGUUUUUUAUUUAUACACAGAAUGAGCAGUUUUCGUAGGAUAAACUCAUUUGAGGAUCUUACACAAAACUGACGAAUUUAAAAGUAGUUGAUUUUACCUCACAUUCCGUUUGCAGUCUGCUAGUUUUACUUCGUCUGCAUUAUUCGUCAUUUUCUGAAGAAAGAUGUGGAUUGAAAGCAAUGUGUCAAGAACCAUUUAUCAACUGAAUCGUUGUAAAAUUAUAACUGAUUGUGAUGCCUCUAAUUAUCCUCCAUCAAUUACAAUAGCACAUAUAUGUGUCGUUCUUUUUAAGUAAACAAAAAGGAAAAAUACAGGUUUAUCAAUGUUGCAUUUCAUAUUGCUUAGUUUCUGAUCAUAAUAGUGAGUUCACAGUAUUUUUGAUGCUCGACUUGUUACAACAGGUUUCAGAAAUAUUAUCUUUUGGUUAUAAGCGUCCUGAUGGUUGUAGUAGUAUCGGUAAGAUAGAUAUUAAAAUAAGUUUUAGAACUUAUACACCCAUAAGUCUAUUGCUCUGCUAGUUGGUUGGUGUUAUAAAUCUUUAAACAGUAGGUAUAAAGCGUAGGGUUUAAUAAGAUCAAAGGUUGCCUCAGAGAUAAAACGGUGGUAAGUUUUCUGUAACUGAACUGUAUGUAGUUGGUAAAUGUAUAAGUUACCCUUUUGAACUUCAGUAAUGAUUAUUUUUACGAAAUAAGUUAGACAAUAAAUUGGAUGGUUUUUCCAAAUUUUGUUAAAUAUAAUGCUUUCUGUACGUUUAUUGUUUAGGCGCUCAAUGCUGAACAUAUUAAGGAAAUAUGCAUGAAGUACUUUUUUGAUAAAUGCCCUGCUGUCGCGUCUAUCGGUAACUGUUUUCAUAAUUUAUAUAAUUGUACUGUUAAAUGUUGGCAUUCACUUACACAAAUGUUAGUUGCAUUUACUUUUGGACUAUUGUUUCAGUUAUCAGAACUGGUGUAUUUAUGAGAUAUUUAUUGGCCUAUUUAUAAAACUGGAAUGUAAAGGCAGUAAAUUUUAGUUACUAGCAUUAUGUUACUUGAACGUUUGUUCUUGAAUUACCCAGCUAAGUGUCAUACUACUUCACGUAGUUACUUUCGUUUUAAGGACUGCUGGUACCGCCAAAAAGUGAUAGAUUUUGUAUGACUUAGCGUAAGUUAACUGUAUUUAAAAGAGAUUUUAUUAAAAUAGUGAGACCGAAACAAAGAUUUCGUUAUUUUUCUGACAUACUUUAGUAUAUUAGCGAAUAGGCCGUGACAGAGUUGAAGUAAUUUCAGUUUUUGUUUUGUGAAAAAUGGGCAAUAAAUGCAAAUUACUUGUGCAAAAUAAGAUGAUAUGUAUUCGCUAACUAAAAUCAGUCGACCGGAAUUUUACUUAUAUUUUGCUGGGCUUACGUAGCCUAUUCCCAUUAGAUUUACGCCAUCUUACAGGAAUUUCGAGAUAAUUUUGCUGUUUUUCAUAAUCAGACGAUGUAGUUCCGUUACAAACGUAAGCAGUUGAUAAGUUGUACAAGGAUUCUCCUGCUACGACGAAAAUUAUUGGAAGCUUGCUAAGGAUUUAGGUUUAGAAACACCAAAUAAAAUCUGACUUGUCAUCGUUUUGAAGACCAUAAGGUUUUUUUAUUGGCCUUGAGUAAACCAACAUGAUAUUUUAAAUGUGAAUCAUAUCCGUUACAAUGGAUAAGUUCUCGUAUAGUUUCAAUUCUGUAUGCUAUUUAUUCGUGUAUUAUAAUCCGGAUAUUCCGGACUUAAUUAUAAAGUUUUGAGAACCAUUGUCCUUCCUUUUUUCUGUACUCCAGGUCCAGUGGAAACUAUGCUUGAUUACAAUCGUAUUCGGGAUAAAACUUGGUGGCUUCUACUAUAGAAACAUUAUUAGUGUUUAAAAUAUCAAGUUGUGAUGUUAUUGCUUACAAUCCAAUUAUACUUACAUAGUUCUGUAAUUUCUAUUAUACGGUAUUAUCUUGUGUUUACGUAGCAAUAUUCAUUUCUUCCUAGAGUGGAUUAUUUUGAGUCCUAGUUAUACUGAUGUAUUUAAACUGUGUUUUGUGAUUAUGUCUGUCCUCAUAAAUCAGUCGUACUGUGCGAAUACAUGUAAGUAAUAUCAAGAAAUGACCGAUAGAUGUUGGAAAUUUUAAUCUAGUACUUCAGAUGCUAAACUCCUGGUGCAGUAAUAAAAGUUGGCACAGUGGUACACAUGGAAAAUCAUUUACUUAUUUAUAAAAUACAUAGUUUCCGAGGGUACAGUUGAACAGUAAGUAUGCAGUCAUAACGUUUAGCACAGUACUGAUACUACUAAGAGUCGAUUCUAGAGUCAAAGGUUCAG